AUGACAUGCCUCGAUGAGAUGUGUACGGCAGACCUCGGCAAGGUGAUUUCGUCAACAAAUCGUCAAUGUAUUAAGCAUCCAUUAUUUCCCCAAUUCAAAGGCGAAGCCAAUGUGGUCUCGAUCACUCCUUUCACUGACUUCAAUUGGGACGACGGUGAUCACCGUCCUUCAUCUGUUCAGGCAUGCCCUAGCCCUGUCGAAAGUGUACGAUCUAGUUGGCUCACCCUUGCUGAGCAUCAGUACAAUUUGACAAUGCACAUGGGACAUCGACCAUCCCUUGGCACUAACAGUAAUUUCGACUAUGGAGGUCGUGGACCUUCAGAUGUGCUCGAUCAACCAGAACACACCCACCGUUCUCUUCUUCGGCAGUGGUUUCCCAGAACCGGCAAGUCUAUCCCGGGGAACUCAGUUCCUGACAAUGGCGACCAAAAAGCAUUGGAGAUCGUGGAUGCCCAAUGGCGUCGCGACCGUGUUGCAUUCAUUUGGGAUUUAACAUGA